UGGUGUGCCUGAGAAAGGGGUGUGGGCGGUGACCCUCAGCCCCGGGGAGGGCGGAGCAGGGGGAGGCUGUGGCCUGUGCUCGGCAGCUCCGGGCGCCCCCUGGACCAGGCUCCUCAUCCCCGGCUGUGGGGACAGGGCACGGGAGAGGGCUGUGGGAGGCCUGCGAGGCUGAAGGGUCGUGACCGUGAAUAACCACAGCCGGAUUAGGACUCAGAGUAGGAAACGCCUGGAGUCUGGGGACAUACCUUCGGGGAGAGGAAGUCAAGAACAAAUUAAAAAUGACUGUGCAGCCUUCGCCAUGGAGAGCCAGUAUACCCUCUCAGACAGAACAUUUUGGUUCUAAAAGCAGAUGAAGGGGCGUUGAAUGGACCGAUUUUCAUUGCAGAAUGUGGCACUUCCCGAUUCCCUUUCCCAUAGUUCAUUGAUUCUCAAACCGCAGAGUGCAUGCACAUCCCUGGGGAGCCUGUUAAAGAUGCAUAUUCGGGGGCUCUCUUCCCCCGCCCCCCCCCCAUCCCCAAUUCUGAUUCCCUAGAUGUCUGUGGCAGGCCUGCCUGGUCAAGCUGGAAUUCAGCUGCUGGGCUGCACUUCCUGAGGUUUUGGAGACACACAGGUCUCCUGGGUUUCAGGCACCGCCUGGGUAUGAGCAGAAGACUUCCUUCCGGCUUCUGUGGAUUCUUAGGAUUGUCCUCACAAAGAAUUUGAUCUUAGGCUCCCUGCUAAACUUCCCCUGGCCUGCAUUUCUUAUGUAGUGACAUAGUGAUUGUGGUCAUCAAACCUCAGAGGGUGAUUGUGAGGAUUAAAUAUGGUCCUGUGUAGAAAGCAUGUUGUGACUGUUUGGCAGUGCUGACCAUUACUCGCAGGCAGCAGCCGAGCAGGGUGGAAAGCUCACAGGACUUGGAAUCUACCAGAAUUUUCCUUUCUGUCAAUUUAGUGAAAAUGAUACCAACUCUAAAUGGUUGUUUUGAAGAGAUUAAUUUUAAAAACUCAAGAUUUCAAAAUAAAAGUGAGUUCAUUCAUUUAGUCAAAUACAGGAACAAUAUUUCCAUUUAUUUUUUCUCUGCUUUGGCUUUUAUACAGUGGGGCUGAACUUUUUAACCAUUCUGAGUGGUCUGUGUGGUGCCUAAUUCUUCCAUGAACUCCAUAAGGUAUUAUUUGCUAUUUCUUUUUCACAUUAAGAAACUGGAGCUUGAAAGAAGCUAAGGAAUUGGCACACAAUUAGUAAAUGUUAGAAUCGGAAUAAAACCUAGGUCUGGAUAGCUUGAAAGCCUGUGCUCAUUAUGCCUUAUGUUUUCCAUCAUUCCCAUCCUUUGGUCACCAAGUCACUUUACUUUCAUUGAAGGGCUUUAGGGUCUAGGAUAAUUGCUUAUAUUAUCAGUUGCUGUCUUCGGCUAUUGCCUUUUUUCUAUAUAAAUGAUUUUUACUGCUUAGGAGGAAACCUUCAGAGGUGCUUCUGAAACAAGCUCCAGCUGGAGGGUACUUUUUAAGUUAUUCAAGGUCAAGAUGAAUACAGGCUCAAAGGAGGUUUUAUCCCUGGAUGUUCAAGCUCCCGAAGUGAGGGAAGAACUUCUCAGAGUGAAAAUGAAGACAGAAAGUCAGCUCCAAAUGCAGGAAUCCAGACUGAAACGCAAUAAUCCACUGGCAAGGGAAAUUUUCCGGAGGCGCUUUCGGCAGCUCUGCUACCAGGAGACCCCUGGACCCAGGGAGGCUCUUACCCGACUCCGGGAACUUUGCCACCAGUGGUUGAGGCCACAUGUGAGCACUAAGGAGCAGAUUUUGGAGCUGCUGGUGCUGGAGCAGUUCCUGUCCAUCCUGCCGAAGGAGCUGCAGGGCUGGGUGAGGGAACACUGUCCGGAGAGUGGGGAAGAGGCUGUGACUUUGCUGGAGGAUCUGGAGAGAGAGCUUGAUGAACCACAGCAUGAGAUGGUAGCCCACAGACGGGGACAAGAAGACCUCGUUAAAGAGACAGUGCCUCUUGGAGAGCAGACGUCACUGAGCCUUGAGUCUGAGCCUAAGGAGCCCCAGCUCUUAUGUGACCCUGCUCAGGAGCCGCGCUCUAUUGGAGAGGCAGACACAUUUCUGUUUUCCAAACCUGUUGUCAUAUCUCAGCUAAAAGAAGGAAGAGAGCCAUGGUCUAACAACAGAGGAGUCCUAAGAGAUGAAAUGACCAAGACUGAGGACAGAGAGUUGGUGCUAAGGAAAGACUGUCCUAAGGUAGUGGAGCCACAUGGGAAAAUAUUUUAUGGACGGAUCUGGGAGGUAUCACACCAGAAUCACCAACGUGGAGAAGUUGGUGAACACAAGGGUCGGAUAGAAGGGCACUGGGGAAAGCCCUUAGGAGAAGGACAGCACAAAUGUGAUGAAUGUGGGAAGAGCUUUGCUCAGAGCUCAGGUCUCAUUCGACAUCAGAGAAUUCACACUGGAGAAAGACCCUAUGAAUGUAACGAGUGUGGGAAAACCUUCAGUCGCAGUUCUGGCCUGUUUAAUCACCGAGGAAUCCACAAUAUACAGAAACGGUACCACUGUAAGGAGUGUGGGAAGGCCUUCAGUCAGAGUGCAGGUCUUAUCCAGCACCAGAGAAUCCACAAGGGAGAAAAGCCCCAUCAGUGCAGCCAGUGCGGUAAGAGCUACAGUCGGCGUUCAUUUCUCAUCGAGCAUCAGAGAAGCCACACCGGGGAGCGACCUCACCAGUGCAACGAAUGUGGGAAAAGCUUUAAUCGCCACUGCAAUCUCAUCCGCCAUCAAAAGAUCCACAUGGUGGCUGAGCUGGUCUAAACUUUGCUAUGUGCAAGUUUUCUGGAUCAUUGGCCAAGUCGUGUGGGGAAACCAUCACAAAGUCUGCCUACAUUCAAGAGGAGAGGCAUUCGAUUCCACCUUAUAGAAGAGGAAUGUGAAAUACUUUGCAGGUACAUUUUUAAACCACCACAGACGAUACCUGUCCCAAGUUUACACAGUUGCUGAAUGGCAAAGAAGGUGGUAACAAACAAGCUCUAAAUCUCAAAGGCUUACAACAAUAAAUAUUUAUUUCUCACUCAUGGAUGUGCAGGUUGCUUUGCCUCCACUAAGCUUUCCUGGGCUCAACUGGGCUUGUUCCCAAGCUAUAGCUUGGGUUCAGAUCUGCCCUACUGGUUUUCUCAUUCAGGGAUGCAUUCUAGAGGAUCAGCAUGACCGGGGGCAGUUUAUUCCCCUGGUAGAGAGAAGAAACUGAAGGAGGCAAGUGGAAACAUAAUGCCUUGUAAAGUUUGCUCAGAACUAGCACACUGUCACUUCUGCUCACAUGCCAUUGACUAAAGUAGGUCACAAGACCAAGCUUAAAGUCAAUGGGACAUGGAUACGCCUAUUCCUACAGGAAGCAGGCAGGACACAUGGCAAACACCUGGAAACA